UCCAUGCUCCCUCGAUCACGAGCACGCGGUUGGCGCCUCUUACCCAACCGGCAUAAUUAGUUGAGGCAUGCCCUGGUCGCUGCCCAGAUCACGAACGUAGCACUACAAAUACGCACGAACUCAAUCUCGCAGCCAAAAACACACUAGAAAAAGAUCUGUGUUGAAUAUUGAUCGAGAAGCUAGCUCUAGCUGCAGCGAUGCCUCGCUCUUGCUGCAUCGCGGCGUCACUGCUCCUCGCGCUCGCCGUGGCGGCCAGCGCCACCUCGCCGGCGGCCUCGCCAUUCGAGGCGCGCCAGCAGGACAAGCGGAGCAUCCCGAGCGACGCGCACCUCGAGGAAGCCACGCGCCUGCUGGCCGCGGAGGGCGCGACGCUGGCGGCCAUCUGGGCGGAGAAGGACACGCUGGCGAGGCCGCUUGAGGAGCAGCCGGGCGGCGGCGUGGCCACGCAGGGCGACGACCAGAGCUCGUCGGGGAGCGGCGAGCACGGGAAGGAGGAAGGGAGCAGCAAGGAGGGCGAGAAGCAGAGCAAGAGUUGCCUCACCAAGGAGGAGUGCCACAAGAAGAAGCUGCUCUGCGGCAAGGGCUGCACGCUCUCGGCGCACAGCAAGUGCGCCGCCAAGUGCACCAAGUCCUGUGUCCCCACCUGCUAGGAGCCAUGGCCGAGAUCUCUCGAUCCAGCCCUUCAGUUCCGUGGUGAAGUCAGUUUGAGCGUGGCGUUGCGUGUCUGUGUCUUUCAACUCUUGAUUAGGUCUGGGAGUGUCAAUGCUGUAGUAGAUGGAGGGAAUAAGGAGGGGCACUUGCUGCAUGCGCACCCCUCUGGUGUCUAUCGUUUGUUUGGGUUACAGUUUUGUGCGAAGGCUUG